GAGAGGCUACACUCUGGCAGCUCUUGUGAAGCCUGCAGCAUAACGCUCUCAAGCAGAGACCGGAGAGGACAUGUCGACAAUGCUGCUGCAAGGAUUCAGGGACUGGGUCCCGGGACACGCCAACUGGAGUGGAGAGGCCGUCUUUGGAGAGGCUACACUUACCCUCACAACUCUCGCGAAGCCUGCAGCUUAUCAUUCUCAAGCAGAGACUGGAGGGGAAAUGUCGACAAUGCUGCUGCAAGGACUCUGGGACUGGGUCCUAGCACAUGCCGACUGGCUCCACUCUCCAUUUUUUCCAGUGCUCUUCUCCCUGGGAACCUACCUGUUCUUCUGUCUGCCUUACGUGGCUCUGGAUCUUCUAUCUCCACACGUGGAGCUCAUCCGCCGCUACAAGAUCCAGCCAAAGCACCAUGUGUCCUGGAGGGUGAUGUGGACUUGUCUGGCCCACUCUCUGUACAACCACCUGGUGUUCAUCUUCCCUCUCACUGUCAUCCACUGGUAUUGGAGGCAGGUGAGCUUGCCUACUGAAGCACCACACGUGCUAAAGGUGGCACAGGACAUGGUCACCUGUUUGCUGAUGUUUGACUUCCAAUAUUUCGUGUGGCACAUGUUGCACCACAAGGUGCCCUGGCUGUACCGCACGUUCCACAAGGUGCACCACAAGUAUACGUCAACGUUUGCCCUGAGUACGGAGUACUCCGGAAUGUGGGAGACUCUCUCGCUGGGGUUCUUUGCUGCCAUCAACCCCCAGCUGCUGGGCUGCCAUCCGCUCACUGAGCUGAUGUUCUUCGUCCUCAACAUCUGGCUGUCUGUGGAGGACCACUGUGGAUACGACUUCCCCUGGGCCACUCACCACCUGGUGCCUUUUGGUCUUUUUGGGGGAGCACCCCACCAUGACCUCCAUCAUCUCAAGUUCAAGUCCAACUAUGCCCCGUACUUCACACACUGGGACAAACUGUUUGGAACUCUACACGAGGACUAAUAUGAAGAGACUGAUGCUGAAACCCAAAGUUCCUAUGUGGACAUUUAUUUGCAAACCCAAAGUUCCUAUGUGGACAUUUAUUUGCAAACCCAAAGUUCCUAUGUGGACAUUUAUUUGCAAACAUGCUGCCACCAGUGUGCCCCACACUGCACACACUGGGACAAACUGUUUGGAAUGCUACACGAAGACUAAAAAGACUGAAGUGAACUUGCAAAAUACAGAUACUUGGACAUUUAUUUGCAAACCCAAGUUCACUAUGUGGACAUUCAUUUGCAAACGGCGCUGGCACCACUAUGAAUUCUGUGAAUUCGAACCAUUAAAUCAUAUUUAUGAAAAAAUAAUUUAUUGAAUUAUUUUAAUUAAGCACCUUUCAAUUAUAAAAGAACAUAUUUUUGUAAACCUGCUUAUUUAAUAUAUAUAUAUAUAUAUUAUCACAUUGU